CUUGCAGAAGUUAAAACUGCAUGGGACGGCUUCCAUGGCCGAGGUGCAAUGCCAAGAAGUUUUUGGGGGUUUCAGUGGCGAUGGAACGACUGAGAUAGACAUUGAUGACGAUGACUUUGAUACCGAUGAUAGUGAUUUGCUGAAGGGUGCGGAGGGAAGUGGUCGUGUUGAUUCGGAACAUCUUCCACCGUUUCCUCCACCACCUCCGGGAGAUGGAUAUCCUCGCGGUUUGAAAGGAGAGAAAGGCGAUAGGGGACCAAGGGGCUUGCCUGGUGAAUCAAUAAGAGGACCACCGGGUCCACCAGGAUUACCCGGAAUACCAGCUGUAGGCGAAUUUACAGGAUCUGGAGAGGGAGGUUUUCUGAAUAGUCCGAGCGAUGCUGUUGGGCCUCCUGGCCCUCCAGGUGCACCAGGAAUAUGUUUGUGCAAUAUCACUAUGAUAUUGAAUGCCGUAGACAAAUUAUCACUGCAAGGUCCAAGGGGAUAUCCAGGUGAAGAUGGAAAGACAGGCGCCACUGGUCUUACGGGUGCGCCAGGGCCUCAAGGAGAGCGUGGACCGCAAGGAGUGAAGGGCGAGCGCGGAGAAAGAGGUGAUACCGGUGCCACUGGUCCCGAAGGUCUCCAGGGUAGCAAAGGUGAGCCCGGAGUUGAUGGAAGCCCGGGUCUUGCAGGGCCUCAGGGACCACCUGGUCCACCUGGAACUUUUGAUCCAAAUAGUUUUGACGAAUCUGUUCUUGGUAGUGGUUUUGGAGUGAGUAGAAUAGGUCCUCCUGGUGAAAAAGGCGAUACGGGACCUGCCGGACCUCAAGGUUUCCGUGGUGAAAAGGGACCUCAAGGUGAUAAAGGAGAUCGUGGUGAAACUGGAAUACAUGGUGCGAAAGGGGAAAGGGGGCACACAGGAUCUACUGGUGCACCAGGAAUAAAGGGUGACCGAGGAGCGUCUGGUCGAGAUGGUGUACCAGGUGUUCCAGGAACUCCAGGCAGAGGUGGCGAUAAGGGUGAAAAAGGUGCAACGGGCAGUGAAGGCAAAGCUGGUCCUCCAGGACCACCCGGACCUCCAGGUCCAACCGUUUUCAAUGCCGAUGAAGGUGACUUUAUAAGUGGAUUUGGAGGAAAUAACUGUGGUUCUUGCGAAAAGGGUGAAAGAGGUGACAUUGGUCCAAGGGGUGACUCUGGCAUUAAGGGCGAGAAGGGCGAAGCGGGGAUUCCCGGGAAAAGUGUUUCUGGUCCCGCGGGAUUGCCGGGACUAAACGGCCUGAAAGGCGAACGCGGCGAGAGGGGGCCGCCCGGUCCGGCGGGCAACUUCAGCUACGGUGGAGAGAUAACAGUCAUCAAGGGCGAUAAGGGCGACAGGGGACAGAGAGGACGGAGAGGAAAAAAUGGAUUGCCAGGACCGAUGGGACCUCCAGGAAAAAUGGGACCAAUUGGAGAAAUCGGUCUCCCUGGAUGGAUGGGAAGACCAGGGGCUACUGGUUUGCCUGGAUCACCGGGAGCACCUGGAAUGAAAGGACAAAAGGGUGAAUCAGGAUCUGAAAAUGGAAGAGGGAUAAAAGGUGAGAAAGGUGAUCGAGGCAGAGACGGUAGUCCAGGUUUGCCCGGCAGAGAUGGCCUGCCCGGAAGUAAUGCAAAUGAAAAUGUUCAAUAUGUGCCAGUUCCUGGACCGCCGGGACCUCCAGGACCCCAGGGGUCACCAGGAUUGCAAGGACCUCCCGGGGUUUCACUAAUGGGACAGAAGGGAGAGCCUGGUGUAUCUGCACUACCACCUACAUUUGGUGAACCACAGUACCGAGGCUAUGGAAGACAAGGUCCUCCUGGUCCGCCAGGUCCACCAGGUCCUCCAGGCUCAUCGGAUGACGGGGGCAUCCGAAUAGUGCCCGGAGCGCUCACGUUUCCCAACCAAGACGUCAUGCAACAGAAUUCGGCAACCAGCCCUGUUGGAACAAUAGCUUAUGUCGUUGAUGAAGAAGCAGUGCUUGUUCGUGUAAAUAAAGGAUGGCAAUAUUUAGUGAUGGGUCAACUGAUACCACUGAAAGGUCCUGCCGAAUCAACAACGACAGAAAGUAUUUGGCAACCGCCACAAGCUUCAAAUUUAAUACAACCAUCAAGUGGGUACAACGCACCUGGAACAGCGCUCCGUAUAGCAGCUUUGAAUGAACCUUACACCGGUGACUCUGGCGGUAUCCACGGAGCAGAUUAUGCCUGCUAUCGCCAGGCGCAAUACGCAGGCUUACGCAGUACAUUCCGUGCUAUGUUGGCGUCAACCCAACAAGACCUGGACAGCAUAGUCAGACGAGCCGACCGAGGCUUACCAGUUGUCAAUACACAUGGAGAACUUAUGUUCCACUCAUGGAGACAAAUGUUCGAUGGACGUGGUGCGAUAUUCGCGCAGACUCCGAGAAUAUAUAGCUUUUCGGGCAAAGAUGUUAUGAAAGAUUCUACCUGGCCUCAAAAAGUCGCAUGGCAUGGGUCCAGUUUACGUGGUGAACUUAAUCACAAUGCCUACUGCGACGCUUGGCAUUCCGCCUCCGCGAGCAAGGUGGGUCUCGCCGGCAGCUUACUAAGUCAUCAGCUGUUGAAACAAGAGAGGUAUUCUUGUGACAAUCGCUUUGUACUACUUUGCGUGGAAGCUACGACACAGCUUGCACGAAGGCGUAGAUCUGCUGACGAAUUCUAUGGAAGUGCAAACAGAACACAUCACGUCGAUGCCAUAUUGAGCCAGGAGGAAUACGAAAAACUACUCAGUACUAUAUUGGAUGAUAGUGCCCUUUAAUGAUAUUAUAUAG